AAGAACCGGUGGAGCGUUAGAGCAGGGCGGGCGGAGAGUAGCAGGCAGCGGAGUCUGGCAGGGCUGGACAAUGGAAUCCACAAUGGUGACUCUGCGUGGCUCAUUCGAACAGAUGCUCAGACAGAUGGAAAUACUAAAUGAAGGAAUUGAACCCCAGUUUAUUCAGUUAGCUAAAAACUUUGAAGAGUGCCGACGAAAAUGGCAAAAGUCUCAGCUGGAACUGUCCCGUGCUACGGAGUGCCUAACCAAAGCUGAAACAGAGCGGAGUGCCCUUGAUGUCAAGCUGAAGCACGCUCGUAACCAAGUUGAUGUGGAGAUGAAACGUCGUCAGAAGGCAGAAACUGAGUGUGAGCGGCUGGAACGACAGAUUCAGCUAAUCCGAGAGCUCCUCAUAACAGAAGGCUCGACCAGCAUUCAGUUAAAUGAAGAACAGAAGUCUGCUCUUGCUUUUCUCAACCCCAAAUGCUCAAAUUCUAAUGGAUAUGCAUCCAACAGACGACUGUCUACAAUUGAUGAGUCUGGAUCAUUUCACUCCGAUAUUAGUUACGACAAGACUGAUGACUCAAUGGACUGGGAUUCCUCCAUUGUUAAGACUGUCAAGUUAAAGAAAAGAGAGAAAAGACGUUCUUCCAGAGUUCUUGUUGAUGUCCAACCAGCACCGGCUAAACGGUCACGAUCAACUGAAAAGGCAAAUGACUCCAUUGUGGCUAAAACAACACUGACAUUGCCUAAUAAUGGCGGACCAAUUGAGGCAGUUUCCACAAUUGAGACUGUGCCAUACUGGACGAGAAGUAGACGGCGAACAGCAAAUCUGAAGGAACAAGAAUUUGAUGCCAUUUCAGACACUCCCUCUAGCACACCAUCAGCCGCCAGCAGAUAUGAUCACUGUAAUACACCUCAGACUAAUGGAGGGAUGAGGACUCAUGAGUUUGUCUCCAAGACGGUGAUCAAACCUGAGUCAUGUGUCCCUUGUGGCAAAAGGAUCAAAUUUGGGAAGUUGGCCUUGAAAUGUCGAGACUGCAGAGUUGUGUCUCACCCGGAGUGCAGAGAUCGCUGUCCACUGCCCUGCAUCCCAACCUUGUCAGGAACGCCUGUAAGAAUUGGAGAGGGAGUGUUGGCUGACUUCACCUCUCAAACGUCCCCCAUGAUCCCUUCUAUUGUGGUGCAUUGCAUCAAUGAAAUUGAACAGAGAGGCUUGUCUGAGACUGGUCUAUACAGAAUCUCUGGGUGUGACCGCACAGUGAAAGAACUGAAGGAGAAGUUCCUGAGAGGGAAGAACUUGCCUCUACUCAGUAAAGUGGAUGACAUUCAUGCUGUCUGUGGGCUUCUGAAGGACUUUCUAAGGAAUUUGAAGGAGCCCCUUGUCACUUUCAAACUGUAUUCGGCAUUUGUGAAGGCAUCAGAAAUCCCUGAUGAAGAUAACAGCAUUGCAGCAAUGUACCAGACAAUCAGUGAGCUGCCACAACCCAACAGAGAUACUUUGGCAUUUCUGAUAAUUCAUCUGCAGAGAGUAGCUAAUAGUCCGAACUGCAAGAUGGACAUAAUCAACCUUGCCAAGGUCUUUGGCCCAACAAUUGUGGGUUUCUCCACACCUGAUCCAUCUCCUGUAUCAAUGCUGCAGGAAACCAAGCAACAACCAAAGGUGGUUGAGCGCUUGCUAUCUUUGCCAAUGGAGUACUGGAGCCAGUUUACAAUGGUGGAACAGGAGAAUAUACAUCCAAAUCAUAUCAUUGAAAAUUCCAAUGCUUAUAGCACUCCUGAAGUAAAAGUGAGCAUGCUUGGACCACUAACCACCCCUGAGCACCAAAUGAUUGGCAAGACUCCCUCAUCCAGCUCUUUAUCAGCACGAGUCAAAUCCAGUCUGACCAAGACCACCCCCAAGUUUGGAAGCAAAAGCAAAUCAGCAAUCAACUUCAAUCGAACCGGAACCUUUUUUGCAUCCCCAAUGUUGAAAUAAUUGCAAAUUAACCAAAAUCUCUCACAGGUUCCCUGGAACAUCAUGUUAACCAAUUCUGUGUUAACUGCAGUUUUUAUUAUCAGCUGCAUUAUACUAUUCUAAUAUGAUAAACUAUACUUUCCAUAUGAGAUUGAUAAUGUGUAAUCACUAAUACUUUAAAUGUAGUUGAUGUAGUUAGUGAUUGUACUUUUUUUUUUAAAAAAAGUGCUGAGACUAUUUUUAAAUAGAUGGCUAAAAUUCUUGUAAAACUAUUGCUAACCAGUACAGUAUGGGAGGAAACUAACACUAACAGCCCAGAGUAAAAGCUUGUUUCUCAAAGUCCAAAGCUUUGGGAGCUGUUAAAUGCAGAAUGGGAGAUAUUUGCAGGUAAAUCAAAAGAUUAUUAUAAUCCAGGAAAUAAUUCAUGCUGCUGGCUGAACAUUUGUCUUGGUCUGCCAGGAUUUUCUUUCUAUAAUUGCCUGCUUGUGGAGCUAAUAAUUAGGACUUCAAAAAAAACAUGGUGCCUGUAGCCCUGAGAUUAGGCCUACAAAAUCGCAUACAAAAUGUUAUCUGUUAAAUGCUUGCAUUUUUUAUUUUAGCAGCUCUGAAGGUUAAAGACCUUUUAACGGUAAUCUAUGUGUAAUUUCGUACUAUUAGCAGUUCCUUGAAUUUGACUUGUAUGUUUACUCUGCCUUUCCUCUAGUGGGAGUCUACCACAAAGCGAACUGCCACUGAAUUGAGUUUGCUGCCUGCAGGCUUUCAACCCAUUGUAGGCAAGCACCAACUUCUGCCAGUUUUUAACCCAAUUAAUCAUAUUGGCAGCAGUUUUUAUCCAGUUACAAAACAAUCCUUGUUUUUUUAAGCCUAUUUGUUGUGCUACAAAGCUGUAGCUUUGACAUCAACAGCUGUCAAGCCAAUUGAAUCACCACUGCCUGCGGGUGCAUGAGGUGCUAACAAUCUGGACAUGGCGAUGUAUUUUUUGAAUUGUCAAAGCAAAGAAAUUUGUUUCAUGAAUGCACUUUUUACACCAGAGUACUGGACUCCAAAGUCUUCAAAUUUAAGGUUACCAUACCAUUUAACAAUAGUUGUAUUGCAAAACCUUUGAUUAUAAUUUAUGUUUGAUAUAGUAAAUUUAAAUCUAAUUCCUCCAAAUACUUUCUAAUCUGUGAUGACUGGAGGCUUUGAUUUUGGCGGGGGAGAAAACACUUUUGUACUUUAUAUAUUCAAUCUGUGUGUAAUGCCUCUGUGUAUGUGUGUGAACAUUGUAACUUCUCUGUUUUGAAGUGCAGAAUUUGUACACAGAAUGAUGUUUAUCUUUAUGAUUUGAAAUAUCACAAGUAUAUCAAUGCCUACACAGUAAUAUGCUAUAUUGUGAUAGUAAUAUUGUGCAGAAUUAUUGAAUACUUUCGAUGCCUAAGUAGAAUAUUCUGACCAAAAGUAAAAGCACAUUGCCUCCAAGUUAUGCAGACUGGAUUCCAAACUAGAUUAUGAUGUAAUAUUGAUGUAGAUUUUAUACAGUGUGUAAACACCUUUUCUGCUUUACUUGGUCUUUUUUAUAUAUAAAUAGCUCUUUUGGUUAUUUGAGUGACAAUUAUAAAAUAGUCUGCACCAAAGAUUUCUUGUCCAUUUGAAAUUUGCCUUAGCAGUACAGUAGUGUCCUUUCAUCAGCAACCAUAUUUCGUCGAGCUGUGGUAAAACAUGUUUUCUUGCAAACUUUGAGUCAUCCAUGUUAAAUACUAAUGAAAAUUAAUGCAGCAUGUCAAUUCAUGGCUUUGUUUUCAUUUUGCUUGCAACAGAAGCCACAGGAUUCUGUGAAAGUGUAAAGAUUUAGUUUUGGAGAUUUUUGUCUAUGAAGUGCUCAUAACCAAUUGAGGAUAUCUGUGAUUGUUGCAGCUUUAUUGAUAAAUACUAAAAAUUGAAUGCCAUUUUAAAUGGCAAAUUGCUUUGUAUGUAAUUUUCACUGUACUCUUGUGCAAUGAAUGCCCCAAUGUUUCAAAAGCUUCAGUUAAAUAACUGCAGUGAUGA